UGAGGCCACGCGCAUUGCGAUCUCCGAAGACCAGAGAGAGAGAGAGAGGGAGAGGGAGAGAGUCUACGCGUCGUCGCCCACCGCUCUGGAGAGCGGCCGCGAUCGAGUCGCCGUGGCUCCGGCUGCGGCGAAGGGGCUCACCCGCCGCAAAACCGCUUCCUCUUCGAAUCGCCCCUCUUCGCCCCCACCUCGUUCUUCGCUCGAUCCCCAAGACUUACCUUUCUGGCAGCAGAAUUGGUUCGUGUUCCUGCUCUUCAUUAUGGCAUUUUCCUUCUUCGCGCUCGCCUUCUUCCUCUACCUCGGCCUUGAGCUCCCCGAGGGAUCCCCUGCCCCCGCUGCUGCCGCCGUCGAAGAUGGCGUCGAGAUAACCUACGGUAGUGUUAUUAAGUUGAUGCACGAGAAGACCAAGUUUCGGCUGCAUUCGCACGAUGUGCCGUAUGGCUCCGGGAGCGGGCAGCAGUCGGUCACUGGAUUUCCCAACGUGGAUGAUUCGAAUAGCUAUUGGGUUGUGAAGUCUCCACCUGAUUCAUCUGCGAAACAAGGCGAUGCAAUACCACAUGGAACUGUCAUAAGAUUACAGCAUAUGAAAACUCGAAAAUGGCUGCAUAGCCAUCUUCAUGCUUCGCCAAUAUCAGGAAAUUUGGAGGUGAGUUGCUAUGGAGGAGAUGACAACUCGGACACCGGCGAUGUUUGGCGUUUGGAGAUUGAGGGAAAUGGGAAGACAUGGAGACAAGAUCAGCGGAUAAGGCUGCAACACGUUGAUACAGGUGGUUACCUACACAGUCACGACAAGAAAUAUACUCGUAUAGCUGGAGGACAACAAGAGGUUUGUGGAGUUCGCGAUAAGCGUACCGAUAAUGUUUGGUUAGUAGCCGAGGGUGUCUUUCUUCCAAUUAAUUCGAGCAAGUGACAUCCUCAAAUUCUCAAUCGGUAUAAAACAUAUGCUACUCCUAUCUCGAACUAUUCAUCUUACAAAAAAAAAUAGUUAUGCUAAUUGCGAGUGAGUUCUUAGUAUGUCAAUGUGGUCAGUGGAUAAUGUUGAAGAUUAAUCCUUUUUUCCUCCACAUUUGGACAAUCGUAUAGCCAAUACUUGUUUCUACAAUGGGACAAAAUUUCGUUUGCUCUCA